AUGGGGAAAGGGUAUCAGAGGUUGACUGUGCCGUGGGCUUUUAUUAGGACUGGGGAAAGGGGAUCGUGGGCGGCGGGGCUGUGGGCUUCGUCGGGUUGGGGAAAGGGAUGUGGGUCGUCGGCGUUGGGGUCAUCAAAGGGGCAACAUGAAGAAUUCGAUGAAGAAGGUCGUCAGCGCGGCGAGUUGCAGAUAACUCUCCAGCGACAGCAGGGGCAUCGAGCUGUACUUUGA